GGCCUAGGAGGUCAGUUGCAUCUGAUUGUGUAUGCUCAGCUGUCUCCAUCAAAAGCUGCUUCGUCCCCUUGCUCCUGGGAUUCAAUGGCAUUCUCUGUUCUGCACAUCCUCGUCGGCUUCGGUUCGUCCGUCGCAGCUAGUCCAGCAGUUUCUUCUGCAAAUGAAUCUCCCGUUAUGGUGACGAGGAAUGCACGACAGGCUGCUGUUUAUUAGCGUUCGUGUGCUUCCAGAUCUUGCGCACUUCCAUAUUACGAUGCGAGCGAUGAACUCGCUGAUGUAGAUAACUUUUCAGUUUUUCGUGAGCUCAAAGGUCGAGGUCGCUAAUGCUUUGAAAUGUAGUCGAGGAGUUGUGAUUUACCUCUUCUAGAUUGGAAGGCUGAUGGUGCGGGGGUUAUUCAGUCGGUGAAGAGUACACCUUGACACACAACUUCACCAGCUCUGUAAAUGGACGACCGAGGACAGUGGCAGUUGCAAUUGCGUCAAUAUCCGAAAGUGCAGAGCCCUAGGGCCUCGAAGCAGCUGGAAGCGAUCUCUCAAUCUGGUCCGACGCACAGCGAGCAGAGCACGAAAUGUAAGGAUGAACUCAAGCUUCUGAGAGAGAGAGUACAGACCAAUGUGGUUGCCGAGGAGAAAAAGACAUUGCGCCUUGUUGCCUUGCAGAGAGAGGGGGCGAAGCAACAGCUGAGGGAGCUACAGGUUCAGCAGUGGGAACUGGCACGUUUGCACUGCGAGAAGCGAUUGCUGUGCUUUUAUGGAUGGAGUCCAUGGUUGAAGCUUCUGCAAAUGUCCAGGUCCUAUUUGCAGAAGGCCGUUCUCCAGUCAAAUCUGUACCUGUUGAGGGGGUCCUUUCCAGCUUGGAAGCUUAUACUGUCCAGCGAACAGAGGAAAAUCAACAUGUAUAAGAGACUACUGCGUGUGCGCGCUGAGAAUUUCAAAGCCAUUCGGCUGCAACGAAACUGUUUGAAACCAUGGAUCAUGUGGCAGAGGGCUGUGAAUUGCCACUCAAUGGGUUUGCUGCGCUCUUGUUUAUCGACAUGGACAAAUUAUUGCACCAGUGGAGUGGCUGUAUAUGUCAAGAGCCUUCUCAAGCACUAUUGGUCUAGCUGGGUACAUCAUAUUGAAGUGGUUAAAGCCGCCAAGCUAUUGAAAGUCCUGGAGCGGGAAAGAAUGGCUGAUGCACAUGCCCGAAGGGUCUUGCAGAGCCAUGUUCUUCAAUGGUGGCGAGAAGAAACUUGUAGAGGCAAGGUAGAAGCCAACCGUAUAAAGAGACAUGCAGAGGCGUGGGUGAAGAUACAUUCCUGGCUGGAGGAGCUCGAACAGAACAAGCGUGGGACUACAAGCAUCACAAGACAGUAUGAAGUACCUGUCACUGGGAUGUACACUGGCGGAUGCAAUCCGGAUCGACAUUUGCUGGACUUGGCGCAACCCACAUAGAGUCCCUGAUUGCAAAGAAGGGAUGAAGAUCUCGAGACGUCCUUACAUCCAAAAGCUCCAGAGAAGGGGAAACCCCGACGAGCAGCAAAAGGUCGAAAUUGUGCUUCGUACAUGAGUCGAACUGAGCUAUCUCCUACACAUGUUACUUGCUUCUCAAGUGUGCUGUAUCCUCAAGUUCUCGGCAGUGGAAAACUACAAAAAUGUCAGCUACUUGAAUUCUACCAUUUCUCCAGUUCAUUUGAAUGGUUUUCGGACACUUAAAUGAACGGAAGCCUCUAAGUCUCGCCAUCUUUAGUCCCAACCGGAAAAUCAAGCCUCACCGAUUCAUCUUCCACACCUUUCUCCUUGCUGCUGCCAUGUCGCAGCAUUCUUAGUGAAGAGUCGGUUUAACCUCAAAGCACUGCGGACGCAUCAAACAAGAGAGAAACUAUGCGGACUAAUCCCGAUGUUCAACCUUCUAGUUGUAGCACGAAGACUGGAUGUCGGGCACCAACGUCCGGCGUACUGUAGCCUCAUUAAGAUUGAUGUGCCCAACUGGCGCAUACGACAGAAAAAUACAUCACAUUUAUUUGGGGAUCAUCCC